GGAAGUACCUAGGAAUCUGAUUUUCUCGUCUAGCUCCAGCUGCGAUGACGCUUUCCACGGCAUCAAAGGCCAUUGUACGUUGAAAGUGCGUAUGUCUCUGCUAGCGUGUGGGGCAGUAAUAACAGAUUGAUUGAUUGAUUUUUCUCUUUUUAAGUCACCAACCUAUAGAGCACACUGACCGCUCCGGCUCUGGUAGAAGGCUUGCUUCGGGAAAGCAUUGGACGGCUUCCUGGUUCCGAGGAUAUAAAAUUUCCUGUUCUCUCUUUUGCUCUUCGCCUCUUCGUCAAUGAUUUGCUCUCAUCUGCUUCCAACUCCUCUUUGUCUCGUCUACACACCGUUUUGCUGGAGUCCGUCGGAAGCUGGGUGCGUUGAAGGAAGGAUCGCACUCCUACGCCACCUCGGGGGUGUUUCCGAGCGACGAAGACGUUCCCGCGGCGCGUCAUGGGGGAGCAUCCUCCGAGCCAGGUUUGCGAGGCUCAGCAUCGUCUACGCUGCGGUCGCCCUGAGGGUUGGUAUCGUCGUCCAUUAUCAGUACCGACCUGAUGAUGUGGAAACGAAAAGGGUUGCAGGCGGCAUUGGAACGAUGAAUGAAGAAAAGACGCUUCCGGACGGUCCUGCGACGUGCUUAGUAAUACGCUCAGCGCUAGCGGGCCAUCUUGGAAGCUACUGGUAUCCUCCACUUUCCAUCCGCCUCGGAUCGAAUCGAAUCGUGCCGAUUACCACAUUUAACGCUGUUAUUUCUCUGAAUGGAAUGGCCAGCCAUUCUAGAUGCGAGUCGAGUAGCAUUUGAUAGCGGCUUCCGCUCGAAGCUAGAUGCUCAUAUUUGCAUAAUCACACUCCGGAGAUGAAUCGAGGAUGGGUGCCUGAUUACAGGCCGUGAGAUAAUUCACUCAGCUCAAUUCCAUCAUUAUCUUAGCGAACCAGCAUGCCCAUCCGGAACUCCACAUUUUGAAGUCCGAUCCUCCCUCAGAUUCGACCAUCCCACGCUCAGAUCCUCCACU